CGCAGCUGCCGCCGCCGCUACCGCCGCUGCCGCCUCCGCCCGCCUCGCGGACCGAGGGAGCGGGGUCGCCGCCGCCUGCCCGCCCGCGUGCCCGGGGCUGCGGUGGCCAGGAUGUCGGGCUUCCUGGAGGAGCUGCUCGGCGAGAAGCUGGUAACUGGCGGCGGCGAGGAGGUGGACGUGCAUUCGCUGGGCGCCCGCGGCAUCUCGCUGCUCGGGCUCUACUUCGGCUGCAGCCUGAGCGCCCCCUGCGCGCAGCUCAGCGGCAGCCUGGCCGCCUUCUACGGCCGCCUGCGGGGGGACGCGGCGGCCGGGCCGGGGGCCGGGGCCGGGCCGGGGCCGGGGGCCGGGGCGGCCGCGGAGCCCGAGCCGCGGCGCCGCCUGGAGAUCGUCUUCGUGUCCUCGGACCAGGACCAGCGGCAGUGGCAGGACUUCGUGCGGGACAUGCCGUGGCUGGCGCUGCCCUACAAGGAGAAGCACAGGAAGCUGAAACUUUGGAACAAAUACCGCAUUUCCAACAUUCCAUCACUAAUAUUCCUAGACGCCACCACCGGGAAGGUCGUGUGCAGGAAUGGGCUGCUGGUGAUCCGCGAUGACCCAGAAGGUUUGGAAUUCCCUUGGGGACCUAAACCCUUCAGGGAAGUCAUUGCAGGGCCCUUGCUGAGAAAUAAUGGACAGUCCCUGGAGAGCAGCAGCUUGGAGGGGUCUCACGUGGGAGUCUAUUUCUCCGCACACUGGUGCCCACCCUGCCGAAGCCUCACCCGGGUCCUGGUGGAAUCCUACCGGAAGAUCAAGGAGGCAGGCCAGAAAUUUGAGAUCAUCUUUGUUAGUGCGGACAGGUCCGAGGACUCAUUCAAACAGUACUUCAGUGAGAUGCCCUGGCUUGCUGUCCCCUAUACCGAUGAGGCCCGGCGGUCACGCCUCAACCGGCUGUAUGGAAUCCAAGGCAUCCCCACCCUCAUCGUGCUGGACCCCCAGGGGGAGGUGAUCACGCGGCAGGGGCGUGUGGAGGUGCUGAACGAUGAGGACUGCAGGGAGUUCCCGUGGCACCCCAAGCCCGUGCUGGAGCUCUCCGACUCCAACGCCGUGCAGCUCAACGAGGGCCCCUGCCUCGUCCUGUUUGUAGAUUCUGAGGAUGAUGGGGAGUCUGAGGCAGCCAAGCAGCUGAUCCAGCCAAUAGCCGAGAAGAUCAUUGCCAAGUACAAAGCCAAAGAGGAGGAGGCGCCACUUCUGUUCUUUGUGGCGGGGGAGGCCUCCAGCUGGGAUGGACAUGCACAGAGGAAUUCUCACAGGGAUGACAUGACUGACUCCCUGCGCGAUUACACCAACCUGCCCGAGGCUGCCCCUUUGCUCACCAUUCUGGACAUGUCGGCCCGGGCCAAGUACGUGAUGGACGUGGAGGAGAUCACCCCCGCCAUUGUGGAGGCCUUUGUGAAUGACUUCCUAGCAGAAAAGCUCAAACCAGAGCCCAUCUAGGGGGGGCUCCAGCCUCAGGAGACGUUAUUUAAAACUCGGUCUUCUCCUCUUCCUCCUCCCCUUCCUUCCCUCCACCCUUGGACUUUUCCAGCGUGUCCCGAAUCACACAACCCAAGUGUCCAACCUCUCUGUGGUGCCUUGUUUUCUGCAUUAACUCCUCAGCCAGCACCCUAAGGUGCACAGCCUCUCCGCAGCACAAGAACCCACCGUGUCUGGAGGCUCUGCUUGGGACCCACGGGGCUGGCAGAACCCGGCCAGAACCAGGACUGCAGCGCGCUCCCGGUCGCUGGCUCUCGGUGCAGUACGUACCCGCUGGUCCUGUGCCGAGCGAGCGUGAAGGGACGGCGCCCCGGCGCUCUGGCCCCGCCCCCGGCGUCCGCACGGCACGCAGGGCCCGGGCCCGGCGCAGUGACGCACGUCCGUACGUGCGGGUGGAGCAGGGAAAGGGCCUCGGGCUCGCGAGGCCUCGGCUCGGAGCUGCUGGCGGGAACGGCCUUUCUCCUAAGUGAGUCCGUCUAUCCUGUUGUGAGGGAAAAAUACCAGCUGGGCAGUCAGUUCUCGGGCCAGGGGAUCGCAAGAUCGCGAAGGAAGCUCGUGUUCCUUCUUGGGAGAAACAGUAGCUCUGGUAAUGAUUCAUGUAGUAACUGCUUCUUCUGAGCUCCUACCACGUGAUAAGAAAGAGCUUCUCGUGUUUUCCUUACGUCUUUCUUCCUGGAUCUUACCUUCUCCAAGUUUCUGCCUUCUCAUACGAACAGCCUCUACUGUCUUGGAAUUUUGUUGAUGAAUUCUUCCCCCUUGGACAGCUUCCCGAGAGGCACCCAGCGCUGUGUCCUUAGAGGAGAGCGCAGACCUCUGGCUCGGGGCCUGGGGCCACUGCGGCUUUGCCCAGGUGCCUGUGUCCGCCUUUGGUUACCCGUCAUCCCUCUUUUCUUUUCAAAGCAGAACUAAAAAGAGACAAGAAAUUGCCAGAAGCCUAGCUUUUCCCUAAGAACCAGCACAAGGAGCUGUGUCGUAGGGUGGCAGUGGGAGCAGAGGACGUGUCCACUAAAAGUAGGCCUUGGAUCCCCUCGGCUAGGCUCCAGUAGCUUGGCUCCCACAGAAGGACAAUAACAGUUGUGUCCUUGGCACUUGGGGUGGAGGGCUUUGCCUGGGGUUCACGGGGUUUGGGCCUCUCUCAACCAGGUGUUAGGGUCUUUCAUACGAUCACAGGCCUUACCCUUGGCUCCACUUGUCAGCCAAGACCACCGAUUUGGAAAACCCGGCCCCCCACCAGCUGUUGACACCACUGCUCCUUGCUGAAUUGGAUUGUUGAUGAGUAGUUCAGAGGCACAAAGUUAGUUGGUAAUUAGUUACUUGAUGGCGUAAGCCUGAAAUGCAACUACCUAGUAAGAAAUAAAGCAGGCAUCUCUGGACAUUAUCAACGA